AUGAAUCGGUUACAGAGAUGCAGGUAUAGGUAUCGGAAGGAAUUGGAGAGGAUGGUUCACAAGAGCGGCCAAGCCAGCACCACCGGCAAGUUUCAGCGAGGAGAACCACAUGAGUCGUCACAAAAAAAGACCGUUUCGGAGGAAACCGCGAUGGAUAGCAGUAGUGGUACCAUCACGUUAGAUGAGUCGAUCGCAGGUGAGCAGAUAUCGGUUGAAAGAAAGGAUAACGAUUCAGAUGGAGGUGAAAGGAAGGAAGCAUGUAGAGGAGCCCGCGGAGUGGUGGCCACGCGGGUACAAUUAUCACGGGGUUUUAGAUCAGGGCCGGUCGAUCAACCCGUUGAAGAAUAUCCGGAAUCAGGAGCCCGUUCAUUGAAUGGAGUGAACAGGUAUCACGAACGGAAUGUUACCAAGGAUAGCCAGUCGUUCGUCGGAUCAUCAAGACCAGCCGAUGGAUCAGGUGGGAGCGUCGGACCGUGA